AUGGCAGAAGCAUCGCCAGACUCUGUCACAUCAGUAUCAGGUCAUCUGAGCGGCAUCACCAGAUUAUGCUUCACACCCGAUGGAAAGACAGUGUUCACUGGAGGAACAGAUUGCCUCGUUAGGAUCCAUAAAGCAGACGAUCCUGCCUCGGAACCCAGCUUUCAUGACAACCAUACAGAGCCUAUCACGUCCCUAGCUUGCUCCCGAUCCCAUCUUGUUACUGCCUCACUCGACAAUAUUGCUCGAGUCUUUUCGUAUCCUCAGAACGAUUUUGAAGGCUACAUCACCAGAUCCUCAGGCGUUCCGAUACGCUGGGUUAGUAUUGAUCCCAAGGGCGAGCGUGUAGCAGUCUGUGGAGACGAUCUUCUCGUCAAGAUUGUUCAUGUUCAAGAGACAGAGAGAGUAACACUCUUGUCAGACAAUACAAAGUCUGUCAGAUCAGCAACUUGGGAUCCGCAAGGGAAAUACUUGACAACAGCUUCGUGCGACGGAAAGAUCAGGAUAUACGACGUGUCAGGCUCGGAGAAUGUCCUUUUGAGAAUACUAGAGGGCGUUAUUGCUCCUUCAGAGUCAGACUCUACCAUCUCAUGUUAUGCCGCUUGGCACCCAUCUGGACUAUAUUUCGCAGUCCCGUCCCGCACGAACGAAAUCGCCGUGAUCGCCCGCGAUGGAUGGAACAAGAAGUUCACAUUCACCCUCGAAGGUCCUAGACCUGCCACCAGCGAGAUGGCAUGGUCGCCAAAUGGCAAAUACCUCGCAUCGUCUUCAGGCGACAAGGUUCUAGUCUGGUCAAGAGAGACUCAGCAAGUUGUCUCGCGAUACACCAAUCCGGAAGGCUCCAUAACCGGUCUAGCGUUUUCACCCAUUGCCAAUCUCCUCGUGUUCACCUCUAUGGAUGGAUCCUUCAGUCGAUGGACCAACCCUGUCCCAACGUCUCUUCCGGAUCCAGUGGCGUCUGAGGCAGUGGAGGCGAAGCGCUUAGAGAGACUUUUGGACGAUGACUUUGGUGACGGUGAUGAGGAUAUGGAGGAGAAGGGUGAGGAUCUCGAGGAUGAUAGAGACGGAGGGGAUGACUGGAUUGUCGAUGACGAUGGAGCUUAUGCGAUGGAAGAUGGGGAGAAGACCAGGGGCGGUCGCACAGAAGUUGUGAACGUGACCAAGGCUCAGGAAGCAUUCGCACCCGGUAGCACGAGUUUCAAGAACAAGAAGCGGUAUCUUGCAUUCAACAUGAUCGGAGCCAUCGACGUGACAGAUCAAGAAACUCAUAACGUCGUCAACGUGGAAUUUCACGACCGCUCCACUCGACGUGGAUAUCAUUUCCAGGAUCAUUCCGGAUAUACGAUGGCAUCAAUGGGUGAACAAGGUAUCAUUUAUGGUGCUCCAUCGGAUGGCGAUCAGGCUUCAAGCAUUCAUUAUCGACCGUAUGAUUCAUGGGCAUCCCAGUCCGAUUGGACAAUGCAGUUGCUUCCCGGCGAGGACGCCAUCUGUGUUGCUGCGGGCGGAGCAUCUGGAUCCGGCAGCGACUCAACCAUGGGCAGCGUGAUUGUGGCUACCACGAAGGGGUUUGUGAGAUUUUUGAGCAGCAGUGGGAUGCAGAGGUAUCUCUGGCGUGUAGGAGAAGAUGUAGUUUCCAUGGUAGCGGGACGAGAGGCAGUCCUUAUCGUGCAUCGAGAAGGAGGCACAAGUCUGGAUGGAUGUCAAAAUUUACGAUACUCGUUGAUGAGUCUGGACGACUUCGAGCUGUUGCAAGAGGGAAGGAUGCCUUUACCUAAGAGGUCUACACUCUCAUGGAUCGGAUUCACGUCGGACGGCGUACCCGCUAUGGCUGACUCGACGGGCCUGAUAUCCGUCUUGGACCGUAGUAAAAGCCCUUCUCAAGCACGAUGGGUCCCGCUAUUAGACUCCAAAGCGAUGGCUCAGAAGGAGGGCAGGACGGAGACAUAUUGGCCGGUGGGACUGACCGAGACCACUUUCGCUUGCGUCGUCUUGAAGGGUGUCGAAAAAGAACCAUGGUUCCCUAGACCUCUCGUGCAAGAAUUAGAGAUGCAUAUGCCGCUGCUCAACAUGGACAACCAGCAAGGCAAGCUGGAAGAGAGUGUUAUCCGCGGGGAGAUGCAGCUCUCCGUCCAGCGUGAAUCGAUCGAGAGUGAUGGGGAGUCGUCUGUCAAGGCUCGGGAAGUUGCACUCGACAAGAUCCUGCUCCAGCUUGUGCAAGGUGCCUGCAAGGCCGACAACCUGUCACGAGCGCUAGACAUCACUCGAUUGAUGCACAACCCCGCAACCGUCGACGCAGCUUCAAAAGUCGCAGCAUUCUAUCAUCUUCCAGGAUUGCAAGAAAGGAUACAGGGAGUCAAGCUGGAUGUGGAGUACAGGCGAGCAACUCAGCGGUCAAAACGUCCAGCUGCGGUGGCCUCGAGCAGCUCGUCAAAGAAGACUCGCGUGGGUUCAGCUUCAUUCGGCGACUUUGCUCCCAAACAGGCGCGAAGGUCUUUCGGAGGUGUUCAGAGGGAUGUAACUCCUGCUGCGUCGGGUCGAGCGGAGACCUACGUGCCGGAAACGCCAGGAAUCGAAUCGACUCCCGCACCGUUCGUUCCGUCCGUGACGGAUGAAGAGAUGAGACCGUACCUCGAGGACGCGUCAUCCCCAGAGCCGAAGCGCAAGCGGGAUGAAGAGUCGGAAGAUUUCAGCGCUCCGAAAAGGAGACCCGAGCCAAUGGUCAAUGGUGAUACCAGUCUUGGGCCAAAGAAUCCGUUUGCGAAGAAGUCAGCUCCUGGUUCCAACCCAUUCGCAAAGCCCGCCGUGGCGAGACCAUUAGACGCUAUAAAGAGCACGUCGUUUUUCGAGCGCGUGGAUAAUAUCGAAUCGAGUGGGGUCGCAAAGAGUAAGCAGUCAAGCUGUCACAGAGUCAAAGACGUCAAAGCUGUAGCGGCAGGUAGCGGAGGAAAGCAGACUACGCUUCUAGGGAUGAAGAAGCCUACUUCUGGUGCAACCCGACCUCCAUUACAAGCUCAGGAUAGUCUUGCGACUGAAAUUGGGGAAGAAGAUUCGUAUGAGGACAAUGUCGUAGCAGUCGGAGUUCUGGAGGAGAGUAAUGUGAGGCUGCUCGAGAGGCCAUUGAAGUUGAAGCUGACUGAAAUGCAGGCGCAAGAGACGCUGAGUCCAGAUCCUAUGGAUGAUUAG